UUCAUUAGUUAUAUGUAACAAAGAACCAUUCGUCUGUUUUCAUCAAACCCAUUUCUGUAGGUUAACUCGUGACUGAUUGAUUGGACCAUGUACGAGUUUAAAUGACCGCUAAUGAACAGUGGAAACAUCCUUGCUUUAUUUUAUAAUCCUAAUUAAAUAACCAAAUUUUGCUUGUUGAGACCUAAAUCGGACUGAACAAAUACAAAAUGCAAAAGCAGGCUUCCAACAUUUUCUGUAAUCUAUGGCUAUGCCGGUUGCGAGGGCAUUUUAGUUCUCUUCGUCAAAAAACCCCAAUGAUUCCUAAUAUAGCAAACGCUCGGCUACUAAGUUCAAAUAGAAAGAAGCCGUUUGAACAAAAUCGUAGUGAAGAUGGGGAUACAAACGAACAAUACAUUAGUGGUGAUCUUUUGGCAAUGGAAAAUAGCAGGACUGUGAGAAAACGUAAACGUGAAUAUGCGUACAAUUAUGGCCUGCCUGGCUUAGGGAAGGAGAAAGUGAAGAAGGCAAAACCUUCCAAAAUUCAAAUAACUGGAGAAAUACUCUUCGGAAUCAGUCCGAUAUUGCUAGCAUUACAGCAGAAGAGAAGAAAGAUCUUUCAGCUGUAUGUUAAAAAGAACAUUCUCACCACAAAUGAAAAAGUAAGGAAUAUUGCCCAAACUGCUGAAAAUAUGUGUGUACAAGUUUCGGAAGUUGGAAGAACAGACUUAGACGAGCUAUCUUGCUUUCGACUGCACCAGGGAGUGUGCAUGGAUGUUGGGAUGCUAGCCUAUCACCCUCUGCAUGUGAGGCCACCUCACUACAAUCCCGAUGGUUCGCCAGUCCUGUGGCUGCUUCUUAACCAAGUUCAAGAUCCGAUGAACUUUGGCUCCAUUCUACGGUCGUCUUACUUCCUGGGCGUGGACACGGUAAUCACCACCAGAGGGAGCAGCUGUCCAAUGUCUCCAGUGGUCAGCAAGUCCAGUGCAGGUGCUCUGGAAGUCAUGCCAGUUUAUGAGGUGGCCAGCGGUAUUAAUUUUCUGACUGCCUGCAAGGAACUGAACUGGCAGUUACUGUCAACUCGGUGUGGUAGCAGUGAUAAUGACUGUCUCGAGGAUUCAAGGAGUUGCCCUGAGAAUCCGACGUUGUGUUCCUUGGAGAGUUUUGUGCUUAACAGACCAUCUGUUCUAAUUAUUGGCAAUGAGGGCACUGGAGUCUCAACAGCCAUGAGCAAACUCUGUGACUACCACAUAGCCAUCACACCUAGACGAAGCCUUGUUGCUAACAUCGAUUCUAUGAACGUGUCUGUGGCGACUGGGAUUUUGUUGUACUCGUUACUACAAGGAAAAAAAACAAGUGAAAAAGUUUGUACAGAGAUGCUGUCUUUUACUAAAGCUAAAUAAUCGCACGUUAAAAUAUCAUGUCUUCUUGUUGGUGGCCAUAAUAAAUGCUGGCAUCUUGAAUUGUACGCAUCCAAAGAUGGCAAGCGAGUAAAAAGUUUUAUUCGUUUACAAGUUG